AGCGCCUGGUAACACUACGAGAUCAGCUUCAAAAAAAACGUACAGAUUGAAUAUCAUUGGCAUUUUAUUUUUAAACAUAAACUAAAGAUCCAGCUAAAAAUGGAACUUAAUAUUGAUAAUCGCCCAAACGAUGUCGGCGUCUUGGCGCCGAACGAUCAGGAAAAUGAGGACGCCAAUCGGAGGAUGGAAAAUACAGACGCUGUUAAGACUCCAGUGGCCAGGAAAACGCGACGAGCGGUCCUCAAGCGGAUGAAUGCCACUUCGGAAAAGAAUUCGCCCACGCAUCCCGAUCCUCCGAAGACACCGGGCACUCCAGGCCAUCUUAGCCAAAACACCGAAACUCCGAGACGUAGUUGCCGGAAAAGUGUGCGUCCAGCGAUCGAUUACGAUGACAUUAUAGUGCGAUCCGCCAAGAAGGCUAUCGUCGAAGCACUUUCAGCCGAUCCCGAGGGCGAGGAGCCUUCCGUCCAGAAGUGGACCACCGCGGAGGUGGGAAAAAAUUCGCGCAAACGGGGUCGCAAGUCCAAGCGCAUGGUCGCCAAGAAGCAGAAAACAGAGCACAUAGUUGCAGAGGAUGAUGAGGAGCAGGACACGGAGUUGGAGGUCCCACAGAAAAAGGUGGAUCCUUCUCAGGAUGCUGAAGGAAAUGCAGAGGUUCAAGCAGACAUAGUAGAGGAAGUGGCACUAUCCACGAAGAAGUCUUCUAAAAAGUCUAAAACUAAAGAUCCAGAUCACGCAAAUGAUAUUACGGACAUUGUAGUGAAUCUGGAGCAACCAAUAUCGAUAAAGAAGUCUUCUAGGGCGUCUAAAAAUCCAGACACCAAGGAGCAAAAUGUAGCUGAUGAACUAGGUUUAUGCCCACUGGAUAUGGACAGCCAGGAAGAAGAUGAGAAGGAUAUUCAAGGUGGAGAAGCAAAAACAAACGCAGAGGUAUUUGAAGAUGAAGCCCAAACGAGUGCAGCCGAUACGGAUGGUCAGAAACAUGAAGAGAAAGAUGAGCAAGCAGAUGAAGCAACUAAACCAGCUGCGCUUGAUAAAGACAAAGAAGUAACAGCUGAAGAUAAACUAAAAGAAGCUAGUGCAGUAGAUGAGCAAGCAGAGGAAGAAAUGCCCUCACUACUGAUGGAAAGUGAUGGCCUGGAUGAACCAAAUCAGUCGCCUCUCAAUACCACAUACGAUGCAGAAGACAAGAAAGAUUUUGAUGGAAGUGUUAUUCUGGUUGUUAGUCCCGACAAGCAGCCAAAGGCUAGCUCCUCCGACCUCGAUGCAAGUGUUAUUCUGGUCGGCAUUACCGAUAUGCAGCCUGUUGUUUGCGCUCCGAAGCCGGAAAUUCCGGAGGAGAAGCCGGUUAUUAAAGUUGUGCUCACCACAUCAGAUGAUCAGGACCAAACCCUUUUAGAUUUACCCGCUGAAGCUUCGCCAAAUGUAUCAAAGUCGAAGAAAUCGAAGGGCUAUCGAUUCCCUACGCCCUAUAAGGCAAGGCCUAUGUUUAACUUUACAGGAACAGAGGAGGCAGUUCAUCAUGAUCACGAAGUUAAAGAAGAUGAACCGCAUUACACACGCAAACGUUCCAAGUCAGCCAGCAAUUGGAAAGAUAUCAUGUCACGAACUGUAUCCUUUCAGAGUCCUAUUGAGGUUGCCAAUGUCGAAGACAUUGAUAAGCGCUGGGCAGGACUUCAAAAGACCAAUGUCAAUAACCGGCGUAGGCGCUCAAAGUCAUUGGACGAAAAACGCUGCAAGAUGAGCAGGAUCCCCAAGCCCAAUAGAGGUGUUAUACCGCUAAACAAAACCAUCACACCCAGCAAGGUGAAUAAGCGCACCAAGAUGCCCAAUUUUGCUGCCAUGCAUGAGAGACAGUUUGCCAAGAUGGAGAGUCUGGUGGACCACGUCGAACGGAAGGCGGAACGCGCCAAGGUGCUAACCAAUUCUGUACAGAAGCAAGUGCCAGGAUCGGCGGCGAAGAAAAUGCAGAGCACCACGUCUGUGGAGGAUCGUGCUCGUCCAAGGGCAAUGAAGAAGAUCGACAUGUCCGCCGAUCGGACCGUGGUAAUGGAUCAUCCGUCCGAUAAGCUGAACUCAUCACGUUUGCCUUUGAAGGCCACCGCUCCCGCUUCUAAUGUAGCUCCAAAGCCAGCUUUCAAUUUGUCCACCUCCACGGUGAAGACAUUCAACGCCACGUUUUCCAGCAGACCGGCCGAUUCGCACGACAACAAGCUGGCUGAGCGACGCCAGCGGCGCAUUGACAUGUUCAAGGGUAGAACAACCAAGGACCAGAAGGAGAAAGGAGAGUUUAUCCGCGGAGUGCGCCUCAACCGACGUUUUGAACUCCAAAUGCAGCACCGUCGACACCUGGAGGAGGAUUAGUUUCUUAACUUGAUUCGUUAAUUUUACUGCUUACUACCUAUGCUUACUCAUAUAUGUAUAUUCGCUUUAACAUGUCAGAUUUGUCGGCGAUUCGUCAGAAAACAUUUAAAUUUUGCUGGUUCCAAUAAAGUUGUUUACCAUUUCUGU